CUUCUCUCUCUCUCUCUCUUCCUUUAAGAACGCGUUGCAGACUUUGAUCAGACUUCGCGUUCCCGCCGCCCAUCUCUCUCUCUCUUUCUCUCUCACACGUUUCUUUUUGUCUCUCCCUGAUUCAUCGCCGUAGCUGUGUGACCCGAACAACAUUGCCAUUUCUCAAAAACCCUCUCUUUCUUUCUAUUCCCAUAUCACAAGAUUUCCUCAAAGACUCUGUUUUUUUCUUUCUUUCUUCAAUGGCGUUAUCGAAAAAUAGUAACAGCAGCAACAAGAAGAAAGUUUCGUACAUCUCAGUCCCUUCUCAGAUCAUAAACUCUUUAUCUUCUUCCUCUUUACAAUCCCUUCUUGUUUCUCCCAAGAAAUCAUCAAGAAGCACCAACAGAUUCAGCUUCUCUUACAGAAACCCUAGAAUCUGGUUCUUUACUCUCUUCCUCUUCUCACUCUUUGGUAUGUUGAAACUCGGAUUCAACGUUGACCCAAUCUCUCUCCCUUUCUCACGUUACCCUUGUUCCACUAAUCAACCAUUAAGCUUCGACGGUGAACAACGAGCUGAAUCUCAUCUGGGUUUGGUUCAAGAAUCGAAUUCGUCUUCUGGGUAUUCGAAUUCGAGUGCGGUUAUCCAGCUGGACGGUGGAAAGAACGAGACUUCGUUGGCGGAAGGCGAUUUCUGGAAACAACCUGAUGGGUUAGGGUUUAAGCCCUGUUUGGGAUUUACUAGUCAGUACAGAAAAGAUAGCAAUUCGAUUCUGAAGAACAGAUGGAAGUAUCUUCUUGUUGUUGUCUCUGGUGGGAUGAAUCAGCAAAGGAAUCAAAUUGUUGAUGCUGUUGUGAUCGCUAGGAUCCUUGGAGCUUCUCUAGUUGUUCCUGUUUUGCAGGUUAAUGUCAUUUGGGGAGACGAAAGUGAAUUUGCGGAUAUAUUCGACUUGGAGCAUUUCAAGAAUGUUUUAGCUGAUGAUGUCCAUAUAGUUUCGUCUUUACCUUCUACGCAUGUAAUGACGAGACCUGUCGAAGAGAAGAGAACUCCACUUCACGCUUCUCCUCAAUGGAUCCGUGCUCAUUAUCUCAAGCGGAUUAACAGAGAAAGAGUUCUACUUCUCCGCGGCCUCGAUUCAAGACUCUCCAAGGACCUCCCUUCUGAUCUUCAGAAACUACGAUGCAAAGUAGCUUUCCAAGCGCUGAGAUUUUCUCCGAGGAUUCUUGAACUCGGUAACAAACUAGCUUCAAGAAUGCGUAACCAAGGACAGUAUCUAUCACUUCAUCUAAGAAUGGAGAAAGAUGUAUGGGUUAGAACUGGUUGUCUCCCUGGUUUAACUCCCGAGUACGAUGAAAUAGUCAACAGCGAAAGAGAACGUCAUCCAGAGCUUCUUACCGGUAGAUCAAACAUGACUUAUCACCAGAGAAAACUCGCUGGUCUAUGCCCUUUAACUGCCCUAGAAGUCACAAGGCUGCUUAAAGCAUUAGAAGCACCAAAGGAUGCGAGAAUCUAUUGGGCAGGAGGAGAACCUCUAGGAGGGAAAGAGGUUUUGGAGCCAUUAACCAAAGAAUUUCCUCAGUUCUACAACAAGCAUGAUCUUGCUUUACCCGGGGAGCUAGAACCAUUUGCCAAGAAAGCUUCGGUUAUGGCUGCGAUCGACUACAUUGUCUGCGAGAACAGUGAUGUUUUCAUACCGUCUCAUGGAGGAAACAUGGGACACGCGUUACAAGGGCAACGAGCUUAUGCUGGUCACAAGAAAUACAUCACUCCUAAUAAGAGACAGAUGCUUCCUUAUUUCAUGAAUUCGUCGCUUCCUGAAUCGGAUUUUAACAGGAUUGUGAAAGAUCUUCAUCGAGAAUCUUUAGGACAGCCGGAGUUGAGAAUGAGCAAAGCUGGUAAAGAUGUUACAAAACAUCCUGUUCCAGAGUGUAUGUGCUCAGAUAGACAACAACAACAACAAAGGUAAUCCGAUGCUUAAGCCCUGCAGGGGAUUGGACAUUGUCACAUUGUUGGUGGCUCGGAAGAUUCAGAUGAACCGAUUUUUCCCGAUCACCGGAGCUUUAGGGAGGAAGCUGAUUCAUGGUGGUGGUUCGUGCGAUAUUCUUUUAGUUCAUCAUUUUUUCAAAUCUUUUGGAGUAAAUAUAUAUAUGUUCGUUUUCUUUCAACUGAGGUUAAUUACUUCUUUUUACAUGUUUUUACGGUAUACGUGGGAAGUAGAAUAGUGAAGAUAUAAGAUAUGAUUCUUUGAUUCGAUUUAUUACAGAGUUGUAUACGGUUCUAGUUGUUCUUGUUCUAUAAAUAAAGCAGCAGUUCAAUCA